CGCCGCCUCCGCCGCCGAGAGGCCGCGGGGACCGUCCCGCUGCGGGGCUGUGCUGCCUUCUGGGAAGAGGCUCAGCCGUGCGGGAAGGGCGACCAGUGCUGGCGGCAGGAGGAGGCGGGAACCGGUGCAGAUUACAAUGAGUGCACCAAAUAAAGCACUAGAACUACAGCUGCAAAUGAAGCAGAAUGCUGAAGAGCUGCAGGAUUUUAUGAGAGAAUUGGAGAGCUGGGAAAAAGAUAUUAAAGAAGUGGAUUCUGAACUAAGGAAACAGAGUGGUGUCCCAGAAGAGAAUUUGCCACCAAUUCGAAACAAGGCUUUUAAGAAAAAGAAGAAAAGCAAAAGUAAAGUCCCUUCAAAAAUAACAACAGAGGAAAACAAGAAAAACAAGAUCAAGUCUUACGAUUAUGAAGCAUGGGGAAAACUUGAUGUGGAUAAGAUACUUGAAGAACUUGAUAAAGAAGACAGUACUCAUGAUUCUGUGUCUCCAGAAUCAGACUCUGAGGAAGAUGGAAUCCGUAUAGAUGCAGAAAAAGCUCUUGCAGAGAAGGAAAAGGGUAAUAGCUACUUUAAACAAGGGAACUUUGAUGAAGCUAUAAAAUGCUACACUAGAGGGAUGCAUUCUGAUCCGUACAAUCCGGUAUUGCCCACAAACAGAGCGUCAGCUUUUUAUAGAAUGAAAAAGUAUUCUGUUGCAGAAUCUGACUGCAAUUUAGCACUUGCUUUAGAUAAAAAUUACACGAAGGCUUAUGCCAGAAGAGGGGCUGCUCGCUUUGCUCUGAAAAAUCUUCAAGGUGCUAAAGAAGAUUAUGAAAAAGUUUUAGAGCUGGAUGCAAACAACUUUGAAGCAAAAAAUGAACUGAAGAAAAUCAAUCAGGCUCUGUCAUCAAAAGAGUGUUCUGAACAGAAAGAGUUUGAAGAUACAGUCAGACCAGAAUUAACAGAUGAAGAGAAGAAGCGGAUUGAAGACCAGCAGCUCAAGCAGAAGGCUAUUACAGAAAAAGAUCUGGGUAACGGUUAUUUCAAAGAAGGAAAGUAUGAGACUGCAAUAGAAUGUUAUACCCGUGGUAUAGCAGCAGAUGGAACCAAUGCGCUUUUGCCAGCUAACAGAGCCAUGGCCUACCUAAAGAUUGAAAAAUAUGAAGAGGCAGAAAAUGAUUGUACGCAAGCUCUGCUCUUAGAUGCCUCCUAUUCUAAAGCCUUUGCCAGAAGAGGAGCUGCCAGAGUUGCUCUUGGAAAGCUAAAAGAAGCUAUGCAAGAUUUUGAAGCUGUUCUGAAGCUGGAACCUGGAAAUAAACAAGCAAUAAAUGAACUCACUAAAAUAAGGAAUGAAUUAGCUGAGAAAGAACAGCAGACUCAUCAAGAAUAUCCUGCAGUAUUGAUAAAAGAAACAGAAAUAAAAAAUAUAGUGAAAGCGAUUGAUAAUCCAUUACACCUGAAAUCCACAAAGCCUUUGCAAAGAAUAGCCAUUGAAGAAAUUGAUGAUGACACACCAAACAGUGAUUUGCCCAUCGCUACUUCUUUAGUCAAUAACUGGAGGAAUUCAAUGAGUGUUGAAACAACAGGGAAUCUAGAUCAGGAUGAUCAGUUGACUACAAUGGACAUUCCAAAAGCAAAGCACUUAAAAAUAGAAGAAAUCAGUGAUACUUCACCAUUACAGCCUCCUGCCAGUGUGAAAGGAAGUUCAUCAAUGUUGCAUCCAUCAUUCCCUGUGAACAAACAGAGAGAAAAAGAAAUCAGAAGGUCAUUUAGAUCUGAUUCUCAGAUCCCUGUCAUUCCUGCAAAUUCUUUCCAGCUUGAGGCUGACUUCAGGAAGUUGAAAGACUGCCCAGAAAAUAUGUACUUGUACCUGAAGCAAAUAGAGCCAUCGCUUUAUCCAAAACUGUUCCAAAAAUCCUUAGAUCCAGACUUGUUCAACCAGAUACUGAAAAUUCUACAUGAUUUCUACAUCGAGAAAGAGGAGCCAUCGCUCAUCCUUGAAAUCCUCCAGAGGCUAUCUGAAUUAAAAAGAUUUGAUAUGGCAGUAAUGUUUAUGUCAGGCUCAGAGAAAAAAAUUGCACAGGUGUUGUUCAAUCAUGUGAAUCACGUGGGAUUGAAAGAUAUUUCUGUUGAAGAAUUGAAGAAGAAAUAUGGCAUUUCCUCUUAGUGAGAUGACUGGCAUGUAGAUUUCUGGUUCUGCACUACUUUCAUGUGGAAAUCAGCUGAAGAAGCCUAUAAAGACUGGAAUUUUGUCGCUUUUGUAUAAGUAAUGAAACUCUUAAACUUGGUUUAGCCAAAUGGCAAGUGCCUGAAGAGAUAAUUAUCUUGUUCUGCAGGUACGUUUGCUUUCCAGCACCUGAAACAAUACAGAUCUACAUUGUCUUCAGUGGAAUCUGUUUGCCUAAAAAACAACUGGGCAGAUUGGCAAUCAGGAUGGGGACUGUAGAUAAGAGAUCUUUAUUAAAAGGAAAAAACGUAUUUAUAACCAUGUCUUUGGUAAGAAUCAAUUCGUGUAUAUUACAAAUAUGUGUGUUUUUUAUUUUAGGAAAAUAAACUGAUUGUUGAGUUGAAGAUACUACACUUUGAAGGAUUUUUUUUUCUUUUUUUUAAAUAAGGUGCCUAAAUCAUUCUUCUCUAAGGCUAUACCACAUUAGAACAUGUAAUGUGCCAAGUGAACCUGAGGUAUGAUGGCCAAAAUAUUCCAGAAUUCUUUUACUUGAGUUUACCCAAGAGCUGAGUUUCUGCAUUGACAGCUGAGAUAUUCCUGUGAACCUCAGCUGUAAUUGCAGAAUAGAAGGAAGUCAAAUACUGUAGAAUUAAACUGAAAGUAUAGGGAAGCACAUUUUUUGUCUUUUUCAGAGAGUACUUUUCAUAUAUUCUGAAGAAACUUAUCUUUUGGGUACGUUGUUCCUAAGCAGGUGAAGUCCCUAAGCAGCCACAGGGAGCUAAGCAGAAUACCUUUCCAGUAUGAAGAAGACAAAGGCAUGAAAUCACCUGAAAUUCUUAGAUAAGAAAUAGCAUUAGGCAUAAUAAACUAUUCAUAUUGUUCCCGUGACCAGAAGAAGGAAAUAACAGAACUUUUCAAAUAUACUGUAAGAUUUCAUUGCAAUAACCAAAUAGUGGCAUCUAAAAGAUUUGCCUGUGUCUCAAGGCUCGACCGUUGCCUUUCAUCCUGCUGACACUAACAUUCUGUCAGCUUGCUUUUAUCCUGAUUCAGCCCUUGUCCUUUACUGAUGCUCCUCUGACUAUGGAAGCCUUCUGAGAUUAAUGCUUUUGGUUUGGUAGUUGUGCUUUUUCUUCUCAGAGGAACUAUUAAACAGCUAUAACAUUCAAAAAGGCUUCAAGCUUCCAAGGUGGAUUAAUAGUAAAGGGUAGGGAUGUUAUCUUUCAUGUAGUCAGUAUUAGAGAACUAAUUUUAAAACAUUUGCAGCUGUGUAAUGUCCUAGUUAGGAUAUAAUCUGGUUUUAAAAAAAUAAAAUAACAGCUACAUCUGUGGGCUGGGUAGCAACUGACUUGAAUGAAGCAUUAGAUCCCUAACUUGGCUUCCAGUUAGCCCUGGAACUGGGCACUAGGAGAACAGCCAGUGUUAUGGGGGAAAUGGAAGAGCUUUUCUGUAACACUGCUUGAAGCUUACCUACAAUAUCGACUGUUUCUACUGGGUGUGUCCCAGGUUACUUGAUAACUGGCUGUUUCUUCCCCUUGUUGUAAAGCAAUUCUGGUAACGCAUCAGGGAUGCUGCUGUAACUAAUAGAAGGUGGGGGGAGUAGUUGCUGGAGUAAUUUUGUAUGCCUUUGUAGAUGCAGCGUACCUUCUUACGGACUGUUAUGAGUUGUUCUGUGUAGAGCAGAGGUGUAUGCCUGACUAGGUUGUACUAAUAGAGCGUUUGAUACAUUCUCAAAAGCUGCUGCUUGAAGGCUGUUGGAUGAAAACAGGUAACUGUAACAUGGAUACUUGACAGUAAAAGCAAGAUGACAGCAGAAAGAUUUGAAAACUGUAGGACAGGAGUCACCUACAACUCCACUCCAUCCAGUCUGCUAUACUUUUAAUGAGAAUAAGCUGCUAUAUUUGGUUUCUGGUCCCUCUCCUGCUUAUAUGGAGACUUAUGUUCAGGAUUUGCGUGUGGUAAGGAGCUGUUCAACCAUGUCGAAUUUGGUGGGGUGGAUGGGUGGAUCUGACUGAUGUUGGCACUGAACUUAGGACGCCAAGAAUUAUCUUGAAAGUGGUAUGCCACUGUAGCUUUUAGGUCGUGUUUCUAAGUGCAACAUCUGAAGAUGACUUGCUAAGUCCCUGUGGUUACUUCACUGCAUAAAAAACAGUGCAUGACAGAGAGCAGAAUGCAGGCAUUCCGAGAACCGAUAGCUUUACUUGCUCCCUCUCCAGGAGAUGGCAGCGUUUUUCCCUUCUAAAUUAAGAUUGCCAAAUCUCUGAAUGAAGAAUUUAAUGAACCAUGGAGAAGAUUCAUAGAUCCUAAGUAAGUCAACAAUUAUUUCUGGGGAGAGAAGGGGAUUUUUUUUAUUGUUAUUAUUAUUUUUUUUAAAAUCCAACACCUUCUUAACCACCCUCUCAAUGGUUAUAUCCCUGUUGUGUCAGGGGAAAAAAGUCUGAGGUAAAUAGGCAAUUAAACAGUGGGGAAUACUUGAUAGCCCUUUGCUAUGUUGCGGCAUUCAAAUUGUCAAAAAUCUGAUGUCAUGUUUGCUGCAGUGACUGAUUCAGACUUGAGAUUUGAAUGAUUCCUUUACUUAUAAAUAUUAAAUGUUAUAUUUUUCUAGACAACUUUUUUAUCUUGUCAAGAUCAUUUUUUAAUUUGAAUAUUGUCCUCCAGUAGAUCUGGAAGACAUUCAAACUCCAUAUUGUCUAUUGAUUUCAUCAUCUAGAUUGUUAGAAUAUCGACAAAAUCGAUCCUAGGACAUACUUUUGCAGAACAUCCUUACAGCUUUCUGGUUUGACAGCAGACUGGUUUUAUUUUUUUUUCCUUUCUGAUAACACCAGCUAGCUCUGCAUUCGUACCGUAAUAGUUUCAUCUGAGCUGUGUUUGUCUUGCUUAUAAGAAUGUCCUGUGAUAGUCAGACGUCAAGAUAAAAAUAUGUCAUCUACUGGUUUUCAUUAUACUAUUGUGGAAGAAACUGUUUUAACAUACCUUGUUCUUGGCUGACUUGUGUCAGUUAGUGUAGAAAGCAUAAAUGAGUAUAGUUUGAGUACUUGUUCCAAAAUAUUUUUUAGAACCAAAAAUUAAUGGUCCUGACUCUGGUCAAGAAGUUUUUGCUGCUUCUCAUCUUCCAUCUCUUUCUUUUUAAAAAUAGGUGUUUCAGCUUGCCAGUUCUCAAAUAUAACUACUACUAGUCUUGAGGCUACUUGUUACCAUCGUAUUAGUAUAAGAUUAAUGUAUCAAUUUUUAACAUGUCUUAUAGAGAACUCUUAGGGGCCCAGAAAACCUGUGAACAUUGAACUUCAGGAAACUUACAUCUUAAACAAUUCUUUUAUUUUAGUAGACAGAAAUCUUUUGUCAGUGGUGUGAAUACAGUUGCUUGUAGUUGCCAUCAGUAGGGAAUACUGAAGUGAAAACAGCCAUCGAACAAUUCAUUUCUAAUGUCAUCAGCCGUCAGCUGUUUUUCUUCCAUCUUGCGUAACUAACACUAACCUUGUUUUGUUUUAAUACAGGUGCACUUAUAGAGCAAUCUCUUCUUGUCAACUGCUUAUUUUGUUUUCUUCUUUUGGUUCUGAUAUGGUCCCUGUGUUCUCUUGUUGCUUCUACUUAAUAAUUAUUAAAUAAUCUGUCCUUGCUUCCAUUACUUGUUGCUUUUGUCUUCUGAGAUUGAUGAAGAGUUCUUUGUUGGUCAGGUUGGUCCCUUUUUACACUGCUAUCCUUUCUUUCCAUUUGCAUAAUUUCAGCUUGUUAUCUUGAUAUCAUUUAUUUCAGAACUCCCAGGUCUCCUGUACCCUUUUCCACCCUUAGAUUUUCCUCCCAUGAAACCUUAAUGAGCAGUGUUAGAAAAGAGGAAGCAGUGGAGAGAAGACUAAGCGCGUGAAGCUUUCAAAGUUGCAUUUAGGUGCUGUGAUGUCUAGGCAGCUUGAGAUUGCUCUACUGUCAGUAUUAAAAACUGAGAAUUUGGGGCAUCCUGUUUUCCCUCCUCCACCUGUGUCCCAUCUGAUUGCAACUGUAAGCCAAGGAGGCUAUGCCAAUCUUCCGCCACUAGCUUUUUUCUUUCAAUAAAUUAAUGCUUUUCUAGGAAUAGCAAGGAGGGCCUUACUAAAAGCAUAGGGCUGCACGUUUGUUGGCUCUCACUUCUCCCCGGGUAAGAUUCACCCUGUAGCAUUUCUUCUGUGGCAGCUGUCAAUCACACUAUAUUUUUCUUUCUCGGAUGUUACAGAGCCAAUCAAUGGUGUUCUGAACUGCAUUGUAUCGCUGCUGCCUGUGCAUGAUGCUUUAGUAACUUCCUUAAGGUGUAUUUCUAAGGGCUGCAUUAUUCAGAGGACAAAAUUAUCCUGCAAAAUCGUUUGUUAUUGAUUAUCCUUGGGAGAGCAGGAAACUAACCUGACCUGUCGUGCAGACAUCCUAAGUUUGAAUCUUGUCUUCAUUUAAUAUUAGCAGGUUCAAGUCUGCCAAAGGACCUGGAAUUGCAUUAGUGAUUAAUCUGAUCUUAUCUGCUUUGCUGGUUAGGCUUAGGGAAAAUACAACUUUUGGAAUAAAAGGUGAAAUUGUAUUUUUCACCAUCACAUUUCCUAAGUAUGCAGUUCAGCCUGAUUGCAGCAGUGAAGUUGCAGAGGUUUUAUGCGUCUGUCUGUUCCUUUUUUUGUGUUAUUUCACAUGAACCGUUUGUAUCAAAUCUUUCUCAUUACAUCUGUCACCAUGAGCCGAUUCCCUCUCUCUGAAUUUCAGUCUUCCUUUUCACUGUGCCCUUUCUGUUUUCCAUUAGGCUCAAAACAUUGUAUUCUCUACUGCCUUCCCUCUCCUGUCAUUAGUUGCAAGCAGCUUGGCCUCGAAAACUGUCAUUUGAAGACUCCUUUUAGUUUUCUAAAAAAUUCUGUUCAAGGCUCUUCGUUUCUGAAAGCUCCUUCCAACAGCUCUGCUUCUUUGGGCUCCGUUUUGUAGCAAUAUUCCACUCUAAUGCCUGCCUUUAGAAACUGAAGCAAGUACAGCAUAGAAACCAAGGGAAUUCCUUUUUUUUUUUUCUUUUUUUCCUUCAUUUUUUUCUCCUUGCUUCCUCUUUGAAUAGUUGCCUAGUUCAGUUGUGAUUGGAUGCACUUGGAAUCUUCUGCUUUCUUAAUAGUAGCAGAAAGUAGUGUUUUCUUUCCAGCCUUCAGCCCUGCCAGUCUCUCUUCCAACAGUGGUUGCAUUGAUAAAGCUUAAGGUGGCAGGGUAAAGAUAAACUUGAUUCCUUGUUCCUUCAUACCAAAUGUGUCUGCCUGGGUUAUAAAGCAAGAAAUGUACCAUUAGGCCCAAAUACUAAUUACGUUUAACCAGCAACUGAGUAUAUGAGAGUCUUCCUUGUCCUGAUGCCUGAUGAGAUAGGAAAAGAUAAUGUUUUGCAUAAACUAUUAAUUUACAGUCCUGUUUUGUGGCUACAUAUUUGGAGAGGUCUGCCACGGGAAGCUGAGCAGCAGAUCAGACUCUAAGUGAGGAAACCCACAAAAAAACCCAAAUAAACAAAAACCAAGGAAAAAAAAAAAACCAAACCAGAUUUUUUUGCUUUUAUAUCUAUUACAGGAAUGACUGCUUGUACUUCAGGUUGCAAGGGCACGCGCUCAAUGGCAGCUUCUGCCUAAAGUAUCAGCAGUCGGUACAAAUAUGGCCAAAAAGCAGAGGAGGAUUAAAUGGUUGAUUUACCCGGCUGUGAUUGUGACGGGAGAACAGUAUCUGACUCCUUAAGUCAAAUCUGGUGUCUUUCUGGCUACACCAGGCUGAGUAUUCAGUUUGACAAGUGGUGCUUGAACUUGGUUUAUGCUGAAAUGCUGUAACUUUUGGAAAAAUUGGAAACGCUUUGCUGACUUCAGAAAAGCGUACUCUAGAGUCUUCGUUGGGAAGUGGGAAUGCUGCCAGCUUUUUCUAAAAAAGCCUGAAGUUCAGAUUGUUGAAAUAAUAAGUAAUGAGCUGCUGCUGUAUGCUGAAGCCUGUAUGUAACAUGAUGUGGCGUGUGAGCCUUGAGGACUCCAAUUCUGUCCUUGGUGUUAAGAUUUCUUUGUAUUUUGUGAUUGGAUUCUGGUGGUUAUGAAAAUUAGCAAGGCUAUUACAGGGUUACAUCUCAUUAAAUACAGUAUUUAGGUGAAAAUGUGUGUGUGUUUUCAACAGAUGGGUAAAAACAUUUUAGGGAAUAUUUUCCGUACAGACUGUAACAAAGAAAGGACAUGAAAUAAAUACUUCAGAAUUUGCCAGAUCUCUGAGAUUUU